AGCAGCUCCGCAUUUCCUGCCCAGAUAGUGAAAAAGAAAUGUUCAGCUGUUUGAUUUGGAUCUUUGUCCUGCUUUGCAGCUGUAUAGCAGAUGAAAACUCUAUCAGAGAUGCUGACAUUUUUCCUUCAUCUCCUGAAAUUGAAAGAGGAUCCACCCUGAAACUGUUUUGUGUUCUUGGAAAACGCUACACACCUCACAGAAAUGCAAGCCACAUCAUCUGGAAAUUGAAUCAUGAAUUAGUUCCUUGGGAAGACUAUGACGUUGUGAACGAGACUGUAUCUAGUAUAACCAUCCACAAUUUCACUUACAGCAAAGCUCAUGUGAAAUGUUUCACUAAGUACUUGGGCAAGGAGCAACUUUUGGUUCACACUGAAGUUAAAACUGGCUUUCCACCAGAAACACCAGGAAAUAUUUCCUGCAUUUAUUACUUUGAUGCUAAACUUACCUGCACCUGGACUUCAGGAAGAGAAACACAUCUUACGACAAACUAUACUCUUUACCGAAAAGUGAUGACAGAAGGAGGGGUGACUCUUCCAAAUACAGUGCGCUCCUGCCAAAGCAAAACGGAGUCAUGCUCAUUUGUCUAUCCAGAUACUCCAUUUAGUAGUUCUUUUUGUUUUCAGGUGAAAGCUGAAAAUGUUUUGGGUGAAGCCUCAUCAGAUUGUGUUCCUAUACCUAUGGAAAAAAUAGAGAAAUUUGAACCUCCUGAAAUACUUUCAGUUAAAAAAAUCACUGGUAUAAAGCAGUUGCUUACAGUAACCUGGAAAAUGCCUGAGAAGAUUAUCCCUUCACAAAAUGUAAUUUGCCAGGUUCAAUACAGGAACUUGUAUUCAAACUCUUCGUCGUUUGUAAAUCCCUGAAUUCAUUCUCAUAGAAGCAAGAAAACAGGAUCCUGUAAUCUCACAGGUCUGUGGGACUCCACAGAAUAUUCAGUUGCCAUUCAGUGUAGGAGUGUUGAGUCAAUAUUCUGGAGUGAGUGGAGUAGGGAGAAAACAGCAAGCACAGAAGAGAAAGCUCCUUCCGAAAAAGUGGAUUUGUGGAGGGUAAUUGAGUCUUCACGCUCAGCUGGAAAUAGAUCUGUAUAUCUUAUGUGGAAGCCAUUAAACAGCUUUCCACUUUCUGGGAGAAUUCUAGGCUACAAAAUACAGUAUUUUCCGGAAAACCAUCCUGCACUUAAAAUGACAAACAGCACUACCGAUGAGAAGUUCCAUUUACGUUUAAAUGAAGAGGCAUAUAACGUAUCUAUUACUGCCUAUAACUCUGCUGGAAAUUCUCCUGAAGCUAUUUUGCGGAUUCCAUCCACUGGUGAAAAAACUUCUCGGAUUAUUGAAACAGUGAGGACCUUUACAACAAAUGAAGAAGUGGUUGUGGAAUGGAUAGCCUCUGAACCAGAAGUAACCGAAUAUGUAGUUGAGUGGUAUGAGGAAUUGGAGACAGAUCCUUUUAGUAGAUCAUGGCAAUAUGUAUCAAAUUCUACAAACUGGAAAACUAACAAAAAAAACUUUAAACCAUUUAUAUGCUAUAACAUCUCAGUGUACCCUGUUUAUGGAUAUAAAGUAGCAGCUCCAUAUUCAGUACAAACUUAUGUUCAAGAAAAAAAGCCAUCAGAAGGACCUGUGGCUGACACAGGCAUUCCAGGGAAAAAUGAAGUUACAGUAAAAUGGAAUGAGAUUUCAAAGGAUAAAAGAAAUGGAUUUAUCAGUAACUAUACAAUAUUUUAUAAACCUGAAGAUGGAAAAGAAUUGAAUGAAACAGUGAACUCUGAUGUUCUGCAAUACAGACUGAAGUCCUUACAGGCUAAUACGCAAUAUACUGUCUAUAUCAUGGCAAGUAAUGAAGCUGGUGGAACCAGUGGAGAGCCAAAAACCUUCAAGACUUUGAAAUUCAAUAAAGAAGAUAUUAUUUUCAUUGCUCUACCUGUUGGAGUAAGCAUGUUGUUUCUGUUAGGCCUUUGGAUAACAUGCAUUUUGAAAAAACACGCGUUUAAAAAGGUUUGCUGGCCUGAUAUACCCAAUCCUGCAGAGAGCAUUGCAGUGGAGUGGCCUCUUGAUACAUCCAUGAAUAAUUCAUUUUUGAAGGGAGUGACACCUGAGGCUAAAACCAUAGACUGUGAAGACAUAAGUGUUUUGGAACAUUGUUUCCCUGAAGAAAGUCAGGAAGGAUCACUACUAAUGAACUGUGAAAACCAUGUUUCUGAAUGUACUGAUAUUAAUACAAAAGGCAUGAUUAACGGAGAUAAAAAGAUACUGUAUAAUGAAGAAAAUAAAGUUGCAAAAUGUUUUUCACCAUCCAUGCCUUAUAUAAUUACCGAUCAAGAUAUCAGAAGUCAAAUGCAUUCAGCUUUGAUACCAGCGAAGGAGAUCCACCCCAUAGAAAUGCUGGAAGAUGAUUUAUGUGAAUCCCAACAGACUUCAAUUAAAAAUGAAGAAGAUGAUAAUGAAGAAGUUUUAAAGCUGGAAGAUUUCAGUGAAAAAGCACUGUUCAAUCCAUACCUUAAAAAUUCUGUUAAAACAAGGGAAUUUCUUGUUUCUGAGAACUUGCCAGAACACAGUAAGAAUGAACCCAAAAGCCAGUCAGCUGUCUUACCUCCUUUUCAACAAAAUGUUGCAGGACAGUCUUACAUAACACUGGACAUGUUUGGGCUGGCCACAGCUCAUUAGCUUGAGAAAACUUUCCUUUGUAAAGUCCCCUUGUGAUACGUGUCUUGGCAUUGCUGCUCAAAUGUAUUCAUAUGUUCUAA